AAAAGGCUGAAAAUAAUGUUUUGCUCAUCAAGAAGUGAUGUGUUUUUUUAAGCAGAUUGCAUCUUGCACCCCAUAAGCAUUUGCCUCAUGACAGAAAUCAGCUGUGUAUUUCAACCUGGAUAUGCUCUUAGUAGGAAUCAUUGUGUGUGAUGAAAUAGUUGGAUGUUGAAGCCGCGUUUUUCCCCGUAACUUUCAGUAUGACUUAGCUUUAGAAUAAGGGAAGAGAAAGCAGCGUUGGGUUUAAUGCAAACUGGUUUGUGUCUUCCUGUGAAGAAUGUAUAGCAGGGCUUUGGAUGAUGAUAGCAGCAUGUGCCCACAUUGUUUCCAUUGGGCUCCAGGCAGGGCUGCCUCCAAUAGCCCCAAACCUGCCUUCUCCUACAAUUUCUAUUUAAAACUGCUACCCUUUGGGUUUAUUUUCAAAUGUUAAAUAAUUUUAAUGUUUGCAGAAUGGAAUGUUACCUGAAACGUUUAUUGGUUGCUUUUUUUUUUUUUUUUUUUUCCUUUUUAUAUAUAAAUGUCAGGAGCGUGAAAAAGGAAACUCAUCAGCAGAAGUUGCCAAUAAAAACAUCACUUGUCGGGUAGUUUUGGUGGUCUGUCCUCGUGCUGCUGCUGGGGAACGGCUCCGAGCAGCGCUGUGUGGGAAUGCAGGGGCCGCGGGGCUGAGGGCGGGCGGGCCGGCUUUCUUCUGAUGGCCGUUGUGCUUCGGGGGUGGAUCCGUUCACACUGCCACUGCACUGUUUAGAAGCCUCAACGCGUUUUUACCGCAUUUUAAGGACUCUGGGAGAGCAGACCUUGCACUUCAGGCCUCGCAGCAGCCAGGACCGAAAGCAAUUUUGCAACAAAGCGCGUUUUGGAGAGCGGUAAGGUACAGAGCCACACCUGCGGCGGCCUCAGGCAAAAUGGCGGCGGCCUCAGGCAAAAUGGCGGCGGCCUCAGGCAAAAUGGCGGCGGCAGCACGAGGGCUCCCCCUCAGCCAAUCAGACGCGGCGGCCGUUGAGCGCGUGGCGGGCCGUUGGCGGGCGGGCUCCGCUGUGAGGGCCGGGCCUGCAAGCGCGGGCUGCAGUCGGUGAUGAGGGGAAAGGGCGCUCUUGUACCGCACGAAUACCUUGAAGUUGGCUUGUUUUCGUGAAGGAGGUGGCCGUGGCUGCCUGCAGGAGAAGCUGCGUCGAUCGCUUCUAAGAAGGCCCCAUCUGCGCCAUGGAGCUGCAGGAGGACGAUGCUAAAAGCAAACAGCGCCUCAUGCACGGCUCCCUGCUCUGCCCUCGGCCCCGGGAAGCCCAGCAGAGCACCGGCAGGGGCCUUGCAGCGUUACCAGAGGAAAGCUUGCCUUACCUGAGUACGUCUUUAGAUGCUGAUAUCGACGUGUAUAACGCGAGAAUGAGAACCUGCAGUGCGGAGGUAGAUGACAGCCAGAAAGAAGCUGAUGUGCUGAGGAGGGCGUGUGGUGGUGGUACGCAGUGCAGCUGCGGGGUUUGUGGUGGUGGGAGUCCCGUCCAGGUGGGUGAAGAUUCACAGCUGGAGUACAUCAGUGCGAACGAAGAAGGCUUUGAUGAUGGGAAUAGCUCGAGCGAGCUUUCUGAGCAAAGGGAAGGUGUAGGAAUGGAAGCCCUAGUGGCGGUAGAUCCAGUUCAUGACGUUGCAGGUGGUGGAGCUGCAAAGGAACAAAAUCUUGCUGACUCUACUUCUGAGCGCUGCACAGCUGUGCCAGAGCUUCCCCAGCUGCUCCAGGACUCUCAGCCUGUUGGCAGUGGCAGGGCUUGUGGUGGUAAGGAGGAGCAGGCAGCAUCUCUCAGUGGUCUUGCUGGAAGUAUGUGUGAAAGUCAUGCAUAUGGGAAUAGAGAAAGGAGUUAUCCAAAUCUGCUUGUACAUGACCAUGCAGAGGUGGAAGAUGCUUCCUUACGUGAUGGCAUGCAGCCCAAACAGAACAACUGCAACUUAGUGGAGCAAGGAAGCCCUUUACUGUCAGCAAGGGAAAGGGCCCUAGCAACAGCCACACAGUUCUGCAAAAGUGCAGGGGACUCUGAUUUUUACAGUUGUGAGGAACCCUUCCUGUGCAUGUGUGGUGCCAGCUGUGCUUACUGCGCUUCAAAGGGGGAUGAGAAGCAGCGUCCAGUCCCUGCAGUUCUCACUAGCAAGGAUCUCUGUUCUGGGGAGGAAGCUUGCAGUGCAAAUACCACUGCCUCCCUCAACUUGGAGUGUUGUGAAAGCUUGGUAAAUGUGGUCAGUAAUUCUAAAGUUAACCAGGCUGUCGAUGCAAGUUCUGAUUUUAGAGUUUGCUUUACAACCAGCAGAAGUACCAGUGCUCGAGUUCCUCUCUUAUCCAGGGCAAUUAAUACAGAGAUGACAAUGAUGAACAAAUUCAGACAUGUGGGUUGGCUUGGAGAAACUUGUGCCAGUGUUGCUUGCAGUACAGACUGGCUGUCUGGAGCUGGUCCUACAGAGGAAAUGGGGUCACAGCUUGCUGAUGUGCACCAGGAUGGCAGUGCUGCUGCAGCAAAUGAAAGAAGUUCACAAGUCAAGGAACAGUGGGAAUCCAAAACUGAGUUGUGUAGCGACGGUUUAAAGAUAAAGGCUGACAGGCCAGCACACCUCAACAAAGAAACUGUGAAGGAUUCUGUGUCUGUCUGUCAGAAUCUACUGCAGAGAGCUAUUGAAGCAGAAUUGCAGGUUCUAAACGCUCACUAUCAGAUGUGCUAUCAACACUGCUUGAAGAUCUACAAACUGGCUUUGGAGGAAAAUGCAUGUUUUAGCAGAUACCAUGGAAAUACCUCUCCUAAUACUGAAUUAGGUUCCUCUGUCACAUCAGUUUUGGAAGAGCUAAAAAAGAACUACAGCAGUAUGAGAGCAAAAAUACAAAUGGGCACACCUUUGAGCGCACUCCCACCACUGUCAGUUGAGAUAAAGUUAUUGCCAAUUGUUUCUUCUUAUGUCCCAUGCAAGUUAUUCAGGGAGGAACUUUGCCAUGGUUCUGUUUCAGGCAUGAGAAAAGCAGGUUUUGAAGCUCCAACACUGCAAGAAAUCAGAACUCCAGUCAACGUGGGGAGUGCACAGACCACAAGUUUAACUGAUGGCCAGCAGCCCAGUGACUCUGCUUCUUCCAAGAUGUCCCAAGAGCAGCUUAAAGAGCAGGGCGUGCAGCACGGGUAUGUGAGAAAUAAAGAAUGGAAUGAAUGUUGGUUUGAUGCUAAGGAGGACUUCACAGGAACAGACUUUACAGUAGUAUCUGAAGAAGUGGGGAAGCACCAAGAGAAACAAGACACGGUUGGUUUGAGAGAAGCAAAGAUAACGGAGGGUGCAAAUGAGUGCUCCUUUGUUUGUGUUGGUGGCUUGAGUUCUUCGGUGUCAGAGGGUGAUCUGAGAUUGCAUUUCCAGAAGUACCAGAUCUCUGUCCUUCUGCUCUGUGCAGAUUCUGAUAACCACAGAUGCGCAGUUCUUGGCUUUAGAGACACCUCUGCAGCAAAGUUAGCAGUGGAAGAAAUGAACAGGACAAAAAUUAAAGGAAAACCAAUAAGUGUGGGACUUGUCAAUAAUCCAUCAGAGAACAGAUCUUCGGCUUCCCGAAUCCUUGGGAAGAAGCUUUGGGGUGAAGCUCUCUCUGUUGCUAGCAGUGCAAGCAGUGAUCAGAAUGAAACACUCCCAUCAGCCUCUGGUUCUGUGGGAGCACCUGGCACCUCCUCUGCUUCUCAGAAGGUGCCUCUCAUGCCCAGGGCUUCUUCACCAACUCCUUGCUCUACACAAGUGCCUUCAGAAGCAAAGUGCCCCAAAUCCUCUGCUGAAGACUCUGUACAUUUUCUCUUUGCAGUUAAUCAAAAGGAUACUGGAGAAAAUUCCCUGCCAAAAGCACCUGCUGCUCCUCUCUCCAGUAAUUCAUUAGAAGCCUUUAUGUCUCCUAACUCAUUGAACUUGAGCAGUUUUGCCAAAUUAAUGAAGAAACUUAAAGACAUUCAUCCAGAAGCUAGUAGAGACAAAAUUGUAGAUGCUCUGCUGAAGGUGAGGAAGAACAAUAAUGGUGUCCUGAGUGGUUUGUCCAUCAGUUCCAUUAUGCAGAGGACCUCUGAAAUCCUAAGGAAACCAACGCCUGCUGGUACAGGGAAAGGCAGUGUCAAUCAAACCGUGGUGGCAAACACUUCCCAAGGCCCGGCGCUGCGCUGCCAGGCGCUGCUGCUGGUUCAUCCUGAAGCUGCAGAGCGAUUCCCGAGGAGCCGCGGCUGGGCUGCAGGUGGAGCUGUGCGAACUCGCUUCAUUUCUGUUAGCACGAAACAAGCACGAAGGACGGGCACGAUCGCGCGGCAGCUCCCGGCGAGGCGGCAGCCGGGUUCCUCGCUGCUGGCCAUGGCCCUGCUGCCGCGCCGCUUCCUCUGCUUCGUGCUGGCCCAUCACUUCAUCGCGGCGACGGCGUGCCAUGAGGCAGAGUACGGCAGGCAGAUCCGCGAGCGCUGCCUCCGACCCUUCAAGCUCAGCAUGGAGGGCAUCGGGCAGCAGCUGUGGUGCGACUGGGAUGAAACCAUGGGCACCUACGGGGAGCUGACGAACUGCACGGUUGCGGUGGCUGAGAACCUCACUUGCUACUGGCCCAACCGCUUGGUGGAUGAGUUCUUCGUCGCCGUCCACAGCCACUACUUCAGGAACUGCUCCCCAUCCGGCCGGGCGCUGCGUGAUCCCCCCAACGGCAUCCUCUGCCCCUUCAUCCUGGUGCCCAUCCUCGUCACCCUGCUGAUGACCGCGCUGGUGGUGUGGCGAAGCAAACGCAGCGAGGGCAUCGUUUAGGGAUGGUUUUUAGGGGAGAGCCUGGCCAAGGAGCAUCCUGGGGUGCCGAGCCCCAUCGGUGCCGCUGCAUCAUCCCCUGCUGGCCCCUUCCCAGGCGGUGGCUUCCAAUUAAAUCCAUCGUUAACAACCUGGGGAUGCUGGUGGCAGUGAGGAUGCUGCUCGCUGGGUAAUGGGAGUGUGCUGCAGCUCUGCUCAGACCUUCCCUGCUUCCCUCCCAGCAGCCUACAGCAUCCACUGGGGGGAAAAAAGGAAAAAAUGGAAAAAUCGGGGGAAAAAAAACCAAGGCAGGGAUCUGUAUCCUGCCUGUGGUGCCAGCACAGCACUGGGACGUGCCGUAACCACAAGGACAAUGGGUCAGGGCACAGACUGGGUGAUAAAACCUUCACUUUUUAUCCUUUUUUUUUUUGUUGUUUUACCCUUUGUAUCAGCAGGAAAAGCACCUUCUCCCCCUGCCCACCUGCACACAGGCUCCGAUUACAGGUGGAGAGAUGGGUGAUGGUCACUGCUUCAUACUGGCAGGUGAUUCCAGUAGUGGCACUGAUGGCCUUGGAAGUACCCCAGGGUCAGUGAACAGUGGGAAUUAGGUGCUUUUCCUAAUUAAAUAAAUACAUGCAGAAGUAAAGCACAUGGCAGUCUUUGGUGCAUCUCCCCUCCAUGAAGUUGGGCUCCAGGUGGGUUGAGGGUCCCCAAACCCCCACCCUGCUGCCCCGCUGGGUGUCCCUGUGGGUCUCCUUUGGGGGCUCAGGGUAGGACUUCACCUCCAAACCAAGCCCAAAGGAGGGAGGCAUGGUGUGUAGGGGGGGAAUCUUCAGGUGAGAUGUGGAAGCUGAGGGGGGAAACAGAGCUAGGGGAUUACACUCAGCCCAUUGAAUGAGGAUUUCAGUGGGGAGGCUGCUGGAAUGGGGCACUUGCCAAGUGUGGGUCAAGAGCAGCCCCAAAGCACCCCUGCAGGCCUGCUGCCCCCUGCCACCUCACGGAGGGGUUCAGGUUCAUCCCUGGCACUAGUGAAAACUAAAUAUUUCCACCCUGCUUGUGUGUGCUUUCCUCCCUACCCUCCCUGACAUCACCUCUUUGGCAGUAAAGAUCUGCCACAGUCACCUCCUGCUUCAAGGAACGUGCUGCUCCACAUUUCAUUCCAAAUGCAUUAUCACAAAGGCUGCAUUAUCUAAAGACAAGGCUCUCCUGCCAGGUGCCAUCCACACAUCUCAUCUCCUCACUUUUCUGGGCCUCCAGUAACACCUGCAAGAGGGAAAUGUAGCCAGCAAGGCUGCUGCAACCCGCUGCAGCUGCCCUGUGCACACAGAGGAGGAGGGGACUGAGAGACCUGGCCACUGCACAACACAACAAGUGCUCCGUAUGAAACCACGCCAACAUUUAUUCCUGGGUUUAUGUAUGUAUAAAAGCUGCUGUGCAAUCCCCCCGAGGUCAGGGUGAGCAGUGGGAGCUGAGGGCAUCAGCAGAGGAUCAGAAAAGUGCCCACACACAGCAUGGAGCUGAGUGAUUGCUGAGGGUCGUGGUAACUGAUCCCCCCCGACUGCACCCCCAGCUGAAGGCAAAGGCAGAUUUCUUAAACCAAAAAAAUCUCCUUUUCAUUACUUUUUCACAGAAAUAUAUAUAUAUAUAAUAUAUAUAGGAUUUUACUAAUACUACACAAUCACUUAAGUUCCAGAUUAGCCUUAUAUUUCUUUUAACUACUUCACACGCACACAAAAAAAAAACCACCGUGGCCCAAACAGGAGCUGAAAACAGCACUGUAAAAAAUUCCAGACUUGUGACAAAAAAGGACUUACAUCAAACACCAUGGGAAUUUCAGUGCUGCAGCUCAGGACGUGUUGUGCAGAGCGCUCUGCCUCACUCCAGCAGCUCCUGGACAAAGCUCCUACGGUUCCUGCUCAUCAAAAGCAACAGGAUUGUGAUUUGGUUCACAGGAGACCAUUUUAUUGCCAACUUGAAGUGUUCCAAACCCACACCACCUGCUUGCUUUUGUCUUUUUUUUUUCCCCAAACGAGGCAUAAGGUUUUAAAAAAAAAAAAAAAAAAAAAAAAGUGUCAUUACAAUUCCAAUAGUGAUUUCUUUUAACUUCUCAAGCAUAUCUCAUCAACAGGAUAUACAGUACAGUUCAGAAGAGUAAACAUUUUAAAAGUAAGCAAACAACUUUUUUUUUUUCUUUUUUUUUUUUUUUUUUUUCAAC